ACCCUUUCUUCAGGUCCUUAGCACAAGAGUUUGUUUACAUCCACGUCAUCAGGAAACUCAUUCUGUGUCAGAGAUGCAUCGACAGGACUCUACAGAAUCGCCUCUUUUUGGUGAGGAGGACAACUUCAGACUUAAACAGUCUAACAUUAAACAUCCUUUGGCAUCGUUCUUCCACCUUUUCUUCCGCACAAGUGCCAUCUUGGUUUAUUUACUAUGUGACCUUAUUAGUAGUCGUUUUAUUGUGUGCAUGGUCACCAUUAUCCUCCUGCUUUCAUGCGACUUCUGGACUGUAAAGAAUGUAUCUGGCAGAUUACUGGUUGGCCUUAGAUGGUGGAAUCAAGUGGAUGAAGAUGGGAGAAGCCACUGGAUGUUUGAAUCAAGGAAGUCUGAUGGUGUCAGCAAAAUAUCCGCUGCAGAGUCGCGGCUCUUCUGGCUUGGCCUUAUCGUGUGCCCCAUUUUUUGGGUCAUCUUUGUCUUCAGCACCAUCGUCUCAUUUAACAUCAAAUGGCUGGUUGUGGUGAUAAUGGGGCUGGUUUUGCAAUGGGCUAACUUGUACGGUUAUGUCAGAUGCAAAGUGGGUGGAAAGUCGAGCCUGAGAAACAUGGCAAAGUCCUACCUCAGUGGGCAGAUUUUCAAACAGGCCAUGAAGGAAACGACAAAAAGUUGAAACUGAAUUGGAGGCACUCAGACACAAAGAGGUGGUGGGGCUCAGAACUCGAUGGAAGUUAGUAUGUUUGUAAUUGAGAAGGUAGACGGUUAUCUUCCUGUUUCUUUACAUGUGGUGAUUCUAAGAAAUUCAGUGUCGGAUAGUAACACAAGGUGAGUUUUUUUU